AUGGCCGCGGCGGAUACCUCCCGCCUCCGAAACAGUAAGUUCUGUGAGAUUUGCUUGAAGCCUUCUCAGACAGUCAAGCACAGCAAGCAUUGGCUCGCACUGCGAAUGCCUGGUUUGAAGGUGGAGAACAUCAUUGUCGCCAAGGAGAAGCCCAGUGAAAAGACCCACGGCCAAGGCCUUCGCAACUUCCCAGCGAAUUGGAUCCUGGAGGACGAGGUGCGGAUCCGCGAUACGGAGUUCAAGGAUGGAGGCGAGCUGGUCUUCUUCUACAUGGGCGAUGCGGCCCAGGAUGUGGCAGAUGCCAAAGAGCGUCUGGAGAAAGCCUGA